AUGACGCCUGAUCCUCGCUCCUCCGUCUUCAUGUUAGCUCCUCCCACCAGAGAUCCCAUCGAGGAGACUGACAGAGGAGCGAGGCGGGAGCAGCUAGGAACUUUACGUGCAGAGCUUCCCAAUGUGUCACUCCUCCAGAAGACACAGUCUUCUCCGGUCACCUGCCACGCGACCGGUUUCUACCCCAGCGCAGCCGUCCUGUUUUGGAGGAAGGACGGCGAGGAGCUCCACGGGGACGUAGAGAUUGGAGAGACCCUCCCCAACCACGAUGGAACCUUCCAGACGACGGCUAACCUGAAAGUGGAGGUGGCGGCCAACAUGGAGGGCCAGUACGAAUGUGUCUUCCAGGUGUCCGGUGUCAAGAAUGACACCAUCACCAAGCUGGAGAAAAGGCGCAUCUUGAGCAAUGCGCGCAUCCAAGAAGCAGAAAAGAGGAAGUUGAUGGUGGCCAUCGCUGUCCCGUUGGUGAACCUCGCUCUGGUGGUGGUGGUGGUUGUGGUCCUUGUCAAGGUUUACAAAAACAGACAAGCUGUUGACGCUGAUUGUGAGCCCACUUCCAAGUCCGCUUUAAAGUCCGUUUCUGAGCCCGUUUCCGAGUGAGACGCAGCAGUCGUCACAUGGUGUUGGAUCACAAGCGAGAUGUCUCCAUGAUAUCGUUUCUCAUCACACUUGGAUUUGAAUAGAGAGAAUGUAUUGGUUUUCACGGAGACGAGUUCUGCAAUCAUGAUGUUCCUGUUAGUGUAACAAAUAGGGAUGUAACGAUAUCUAUAGCUCACGGUUCGGUUUUAUUACGAUAUCAAUCUCACAGUUAUUGCCAUAUUGUGGGAAAGUUCACGGCAUUGCAAUAAGAUUCACGUUAUUCACCGACACUGACUGGGAACUGAACCUACGCUGACCGCACCGAAGUCAGGUGAGCGUACCACUACACCAUCAGUAUAAACCUUGUCAAAAUCGUUUUGCAAUUGAUUGGUGACCAAGUGUGUAUUGUCCACCUGUUAGUAGUAGUUUCAGCUGGAUGAACUCCAGCUUCCCUGUGAACCAAACAGUAUAAGUACAGAAAAUGGAUGAAACAUGAGAGUCCUCAGUUUAAAAAAAAAAAUUGUAUGUUGUCAUACUUCAAAAAGUUAAUCCAACUAAAUUUGUUCUGCCAAGUGAGAGGCUGAUGGAUGCGUCCUUUUUUUGGUCUUUUUUUAAACCGAGCACAGUUUUUCCAGAUGUUACAUCUCUCGGGAUUCUUGAAAUCCUAUCGCCACAAACCCUUCACUUCCUGUAUUACUCCCCAUUCAAUUAACAUCUCAACUCUGGCUUCCAAGUAAGA